AUGGUACUUUCAUACACAGGAUAUUUUUUACACAUUCUUGAGGGUGAAGGGAAUACGUGGCAGGUUCAGCCGGCAACGUUACCCGGUGCAGUACCAGCUACCGGCAGUACUUCUAUCGAAGAAGAAAUUGGAACCGGAGAUGAAAUGAUCAUUAAGUUGCAUAAUAUAGUAAAUAGUAUUAAUUUGUUCAUUCAGUUAGCUUGUAUCAUUUUUCUGUGUAAUAAGAUUCAGUCAAACAAGGGUCCAUUUUACCUAAUGAUUCUCAUUUUCUCAAUAUCUGUUUCCUUUCUUGUUUUUUCAUCAAUUGUUUUAAUAUUACGCACAAGGAAACGGGAUUCACAUUUAUUAGUAAAUCUGACAAACUUAUCGUUAUACGUAGAUUACUGUAGUAACCUAUUCUCAGUCACUAUCACAUUUUGUUUAUCUCUAAAACGAUGUUUAUGUUUUGUUUCCGAGAAAUGGAAUUCGAGGAUUUUCGAUAAGUGUAUUUUCCCUGUAAUUUUCAGUGUUAUCAUUUCAAUUGCUGGUGCUAUGGGGAUGAUUAUUACUUCCAAAAUCAAGAGAAUUUAUUUAAUGUUUUUUGGAUUCGUCGAUUUAGUACCUAAUUGUUUUUCAGAAGACAAUGAAGGGUUUCGAGUGUCCAUCAAUCGUUUGUUCAAUGCAUUUUCAUUUGGAUCUGUUAUCUGUUAUAUGAUUUUAUUCAAACAUUUACUGCAACAAAAUAAGAUUGUUUUCACUGUUUCAGUAUUGAGGAAACGGGCUAAAAAUCGUGUAUUUUAUCACCUUCUGAUUACAGCUAUUUUAUAUUUGAUAGUGAAUGCUCUUUAUGAAGCAUUAGUUUAUGGUCCUUCCCUUCUUGGAGAUUUAUUAGGAAUAUCUCUUGUUGAUCCAGUCGACAUGAUGAAAACUUUAGUGAUAGCCAAUUAUUUCCCAGAAAUUUAUCUUCCACUGUUAUUUAUUUUGGAUACUGGUCCAUUUUUCUCAAUGAUUCUCAUUUUCUCAAUUUGUGUUUCUCUUCGAAUUGUUUUUUCAUCAAUUGUUUUAAUAUUACGCACAAGGAAACGGGAUUCACAUUUAUUAGUAAAUCUGACAAACUUAUCGUUAUACGUAGAUUACUGUAGUAACCUAUUCUCAGUCACUAUCACAUUUUGUUUAUCUCUAAAACGAUGUUUAUGUUUUGUUUCCGAGAAAUGGUAUUCGAGAAUCUUCGAAAAGUGGAUUUUCCUUGUAAUUCUCAGCGUUAUCAUCUCAAUUGCUGGUGCUAUGGGAAUGAUUAUAACUUCGAAAAUCAAGAGAAUGUAUUAUAUAUUUUUUGGAUUUAUCGAUAUAGUACCUAAUUUAACUUCUGAAGACAAUGAAGGAUUUCGAGUGAUAGUGAAUUCUCUUCAUGAAGCAUUGAUUUAUGGUUUACGCUUUUUGAUGAUACUUUUGUAA